AUGUCGCCCGAGCGACUGGCAGUCGAUGAUCUGGCUCGGAGAGGAAGACCGACCAUCUCUGCCUCUGGUUCCGACUCACCUCGAAUACGCGAUGCUCCUGUCUCCCCGGUGAGAGUAAACUUCCAGUCGGGUAACUGGGCUCAACCUUCCAAUGCAAACAUUGAAGUCGUCCACCCUGCCGAGGCGGACGUCAUCGUUGUGGACCGUACACAAGACCGCCGCCUGCCGCCGCCUCGUAACGCUCCGGUACCACCAACAUUCCCGCAUCAAGUACGGAAGUCUUCGGCCCCGACCGCCAGCCCCUCAUCAUAUCAUGCUGCCUCUCCCUUGUCGAGGCCAAGUGAUACUACUAUAAACAGCAAGGAAAAUGCGUUCGAUCGCGUCUCGUCCCCUGCAGCCGUGGCGCUGUCUUCACGACCUGAGGGCGCCAGGGCGACGGUGGGCGCUCCUUUCGCAGAGGGCAACCGAAAUAGCCGCGAAUCGGAUACCACCGCCAGCACCACACAGCAACAAGUUUCCACCGAAUCAUCCGCCACGACGAGUGCGAGCUCCGUCUCGGGGCCCAACGAGACACCGGACUGCCAAGACCAUGAAUCUACGGGAAGCUCUCUCAUCGAAGGGCAUAUGCCCACGAACAAAUCCGUACCUCUUUUCCAGUAUCAUCAUCAGCAACAAUUCCCCACGCGCAUCUCCUCCAGUUUCCCCCUUGCGGUCGACGCUAGGGCUUCGUCGAAUCCCGACCUGGGCGAGGGUUCCGGCAUAAAUCGCCAUCUAACUCCUACCACGGGGGCCUUUGCCCGACGAAGCUCACUUCCACGGCCUCCUUCGAGCUAUUCGGUUUACUCCGACGUUGGACUGCGGGGCAGGUCUCCUGGGCUGAUGCCCGGCGGCCCUCACAUGCGGGCUCCAUCCGUUCAGUCACGAAAAUCACCCGAUGUGCGCCCGUCUUCGUAUGUGGAGCUGUUGAACGUUCCGUAUCCGCAGCCGGCGCCGGCGCCGAUCAACUUUGACAAUGCCCAGCUGCGCAACGCUGUCGGUAGCAACGCCUCACUUCUUAGCACGCAGAAGACGCUGGAGAUGUAUCGUCAGAACGUGAAAAAGACCAGCGACCUCUCUAUCCAGUACGCCUUUGCCGUUUUCCUCAUUUCCACGGCCCAGGAGCAAGGUCACGACCUGGAAGCGACGCCCCGCAAGAAAGGCGAAAGCGACCAGGACGGCAGCUCGCCCCAGGCACUCGUCAAGGAGGCUAGGCAAAUCUUGCAGAAGCUGUCUAGUGCGGGCUACCCAUUUGCCCAAUACUACCUUGCUGACGGCUUCGCAUCGGGCCUCUUCAGCAAAGGGAAAGAAGAUUAUGGCCAGGCGUUUCCUCUGUUCGUUCUUGCCGCCAAACAUGGCCAUGCCGAGUCGGCGUACCGGACUGCGCUAUGUUACGAGUUCGGCUGGGGCUGUCGAAAAGACCCCGCAAAGGCAGUGCAGUUCCUCCGGAUAGCGGCGUCCAAGAGACACCCGGGAGCCAUGACCAGGUUGGGCAAGGCUUGCCUCUCUGGUGAUCUUGGAGAGAAAAGAUACCGCGAGGGAAUCAAGUGGAUGAAGCUGGCAGCGGAAGCAGCAGAUACUGUCUACAACGCCGCCCCCUACCAACUAGCAUGCCUCUACGAAACAGGAUAUGGACACGACAUCUUCAAGGACGAGGCAUAUUCAGCAGAACUCUUCACCCAGGCUGCAGAACUCGGGCAUCCGGAAGCCAACUUCCGCAUGGGGGAAGCGUACGAGCAUGGCAAGCUCGGCUGCCCAAGAGAUCCGGCGCUUAGUGUUCAUUUCUACACGGGCGCUGCGGAUAAGGGCCACGCUGGUGCGAUGAUGGGUUUGUGCGCAUGGUAUAUGGUCGGCGCCCCACCCAUACUCGAGAAGGACGAGGAAGAGGCCUACGAGUGGGCACGACGCUCGGCAGAGUUGGGCUACGUUAAGGCACAAUAUGCAGUAGGCUACUUCACUGAGACGGGCAUCGGCUGUCGUCGGGAUAUCUUGGAGGCCAACGUCUGGUAUGUCAAGGCGGCUGACGCAGGCGACGAGCGGGCGAAGCAAAGAAUCGCCAUCAUCCAAGCUGCCAUCAGUGGAGGGACCCCCAUGGAGGUCGCGCCACCUCGGGAUGGCAAGACGAAAAAAGACGACAAGGACUGCAUUCUAAUGUAA